AUGGGCGAAACCCUUGUUACGCGUAAACGGAACCUUCAAAGUAGAACAAAGGUGAAGACUGGAUGUACAACCUGCAGAAUACGGAAGGUUAAAUGUGACGAGGGCAAGCCAUUCUGCCUGAAAUGUGUCAACACUGGCCGUACUUGCGACGGCUACGAGUCUCCCUUUAGACUUGUUACCAGUCAACCUACCCACAACUCUCAUGCUCGUAGCAUGAAGUCAAGUGCGGGCGCACUUGUCACCCGACACACCGUGAUUGAGAUCUCCCCCAAGGACAUCGAUCUCCUAAGCCGUUACUUCUCAACCAAGACCAUAUUCGACGUCAAACUGGGUUGCGAUGAAGAGGCCAGGCAAGUUCUCCAAGCUAGCCUGACUAACCCACCAAUACAACACGCAGUUUCGUCCCUUCGAGCUCUCCGGGAACAUCUUGAGGCUUCCGGAGAUCUUCCGAUGUCUCUUGGGCAGCGACAUCCGAGCUAUGGCUCUGACUACGGCCUGCAGCAAUAUUGCAUGGCCCUAGGGGGUCUCGCCUCCAAUCUGUCGUCUUCAGGAUCCAACGGACUGAAGUCGGCAUUACUUUGCUGUCAGAUCUUCAUAAGUAUUGAGCAAGUUCGAUGGAAUUUCACUGCCAUGGCCAGGCAUAUGAUUCAAGGACUCAGCAUUAUGCAUGAGUACCGGGCAAGGCCAACCUUUGCUGGAAAAAGAUUAGUGCCGGCGCACCAUAGCCAGCUACCCUUGCUGGAUGUCUUUAUCAUCAAGAUGUUCGCUGCGCCAUGCAAGUUUGCGGAGCCUCCAGCAGCGGUCGAUAGAAGCAGAGCGACGGUGUCUGGGGUUUUAACGCCGCCCCAUCAACAGACCAUAGGGUCCCGCAGUAUUCGCGCGAUUGCACCUGACAUGCGGACAGAGCUUACAAGGCUCGCUACGUCGACGCUUGAGUUUCUCGGCAGAGUAUCGCAUGUGGCAUCACCAGGAGAGGGCAUUCGACUACUAUCCGAAAAGGCAUCUCUGCUAAAAUCGUUGGGAUCAUGGCUUAAUGAUCUUGAACUUGUCUAUAAGGAUAGUGGAAGUCCUGGCUCUGAGUCUCUUUCCGUCUCUUUCCUGCGCUUCUUCCACCAGGCACUGAAAGUUAUUCUCUUGGGGACACUGGACUCCUCGCCGGAUCUUGAUAGCGAGCUGCGAACUGAAAGUGAUCGAUUGCAGGGUAUAGCCAGCAAUAUAGAUGAAAGAGUAAAGGCUUAUGGAGGGUUCAAGAGGACUGGGAAUGGUCAGGGGGAGCUAUCUAAUGUCAGCUGA